GGUAUAGAGCGCACUUCACGACGAGUGGUGGUAACGCUGCUUAUCUUCAAAACCAAGGAAACAAAGACAACGAAUGAUAUACAGAGUUCUUGUUUUACUUUCCAAUACAGCAUCCAGAUCCAUGUCCACGGAGCGAAGGAUACCAAACGUAGCACUCCGCGUGCAUAGUGAUAGUCAGUAUGUUGCGCAGGACGAGAACUAUGUUUUCUGCUGCUUAUACAGCAACUUAAGGUCAGAAUAUUACAGUCGUUUACCGCGGCGACGGAGGAUUCUAUACACUAGUUUACCCGCCCACUGGUUCUUUUGAGUUCAGUUGCGAUAAAGACCAUGGUGCUUUACAUCAACAUCUUGAUUCUGAAUCCUGAUGCGGCGCUCGAAAAGCAGGCGGGGCGGUUUUCCCUGUUCGCAAAGACGAUGGUAGACCACGAUACCCUUACCGCCACCAUCGCAGAGGUGAUAAGGCGAAAGGCGGAACAGGACAUGCGAGAACGAGGCUUCGACGUGGAGAUACGAGUACGGGAAUCACAUUCGUUGUACUGCGUGCUGGAAAUAAGCAUCAAAAAAGCGCCGGUCAGCGUCUUCAACAUCUUUAAUGCCUGCUGCGAAACCCAGUCCGCAGCUGUUAUCAUCGUCGAAAAAGGUACUUUCACUUUGAUCUGUUGCAGCUACUACAUACAGUGAGUUUCGGAGCAACGAGAAUUUGAAUUCUGCUCGAAUUCUAUAAUGCUCUAGACAUGUUGAUGUUCGUAAACUCACACAUCACCGAUUCUCUCCACAGCCAUGGCAGCAGCGUUUCCUUCGACACUAAAAAGCGAGUUGCGAAAAGAAGGGAUAGAAGCCGACGUUGUCGUGGUUCGAGAUACGGAGAAACAAGAGCAGUACGAGGGCAAGGUGCUGGACCUGUUGUAUCCACCCGCGCCCGACGCUACCGUCCUCGCAACACAAGUUUGAAUGAACAUGGCAGAAAUGCUUCACGACCUCGCAGUUUCAUCCUUUUACAACCGAAUGCACACAAAAACCACGGGACUACACGUGUCACGUGGUUCCCUGUUUCACACAAAUACUCAUCGCACCGAUUCGGUGCUGCACAUCAUGACACAGUUCAGUUGUCGGCGCCACGCACGGUUUUCGGGAUAGUGGAGAUGCGGGAUCUGUUCGAUGCGAC